AUGGAUUCUACAAACAGGUUGGGAAACAUGAAAACUCGUUUGACGUGGCUGCAAGAGAAGAAACUACAAAACCAUUUGGGAGGGAAGCAGUUCAGCCUCCUCUUUAAGGCUAGUGUCCAUGGAUUUCAUAAUAGCGUUCUGUGCUCAAGAUGCUUUUGUCAAGGACCCACUCUAAUGGUGAUCUAUAGUUCUGAUCAUGUUUUUGGGUUAUAUAUGCCCCAGAAUGACAAAAAUAAAGCCACAGAUUCCUGCCUCCUUUUGGCCUUUGAAGAGACUGAAAUUUUAGGAUGUGAAAUAGGACCAUGUGAUUUGACCGAUAUUACUUCCUUUUCUAAUAAAGGGAAAUUCCAGAUUAAUCUAUUCAGUAAAGAAGUGACUAUGAGCUCAGAUACAUUAAAAAAAUUAAAACUAUUUCAACAUCAGGUAAUAUCCUUGGAAGAAUGUGAAGCUUUUCGAUGUGAAGAUUUAUUGGACACAAGGAAGAUGAAUGGGGUUGCUGAGCUCAGAGAGAACUUAUUAUCUGCCAUAAGAACUUACAAACCAUCUAGGGACCUGGUUCAGCAAAUUCGAAUUCUGCUCCUGGGUCCGAUUGGAGCAGGGAAGUCUAGCUUCUUUAACUCAGUAAAAUCUGUUUUCCGAGGCUAUGUAACCCACCAGGCUUUGGUUGGCUCUGACAGAACUGGGAUAUCUAAGCAGUACAGGAUAUAUUCCAUCAAUGAUGGGAAGACUGUCAAGCCCUUGCCAUUUAUUCUGUGUGACUCAGUGGGGCUGAGUGAGGAAGAAGGGCUGUGCCUGGAUGACAUACCCUACAUCUUAAAAGGCCACAUUCCUGACAGAUAUCAGUUUAACUUCAUGAAACCAAUCACACCAGAUCAUGAGAGCUAUAUAAAAUUCCUAUCGCUGGAGAACAGAAUCCAUUGUGUGGCAUUUGUGUUUGAUGCCAACUCUAUUGAGCAACUCUCUGAUGAGAUGGUAGCAAAGGUCAAAAAAGCUCGAAGGAAGGUGAUAAAGUGUGGUGUGGCACCUGUGGUUUUACUCACUUGUGUGGAUACCAUGGAUCUGAUUACAAGAGGAGAUCUUAUAGACAUAUACAAAUGUAUGCCUGUGAAGCUCAAGCGAGAGGAAGUCCACAAAAAACUUGGAUUUGCUCUUUCUGACAUCUUGGUGGUCAGUAAUUAUACCUCAGAGUGGACUCUGGACCCUAUUAAGGACGUUCUGAACCUCUCUGCACUGAGACAGAUGCUGUGGGCAGCAGAUGACUUCUUAGAGGAUCUGCCUCUUGAGAAAAAACAGCAAUCAGAGAAAAGCAUUAGCCAGGAAAACUGGAAAAAGACAAAUAGAUGGAGAUAA